AUGUCAGAAGUCCUCACUGUAGACGCUAUUUUGUUUGGGCUGUUGGUCUUUUCCGGCAUCCUGGGAAACAUCUUGGUCAUCCAUGUGGUGUUUCAGUCAGCCGGUGAGAAUCCGGCUCGGAGACUCCCUCCUUCUGACAAUAUUUUGGUGCACCUGUCACUGGCCAACCUGCUGACCUCCCUUUUCCGCACAGUGCCCAUCUUUGUGUCAGACCUGGGCUUGAAUGUGUCUCUGUCUCCGGGCUGGUGCAGACUCUUCAUGCUGCUGUGGGUGUGGUGGCGAGCUGUGGGCUGUUGGGUGACUCUGGCACUUAGCGUCUUCCACUGCACUACCCUGAGACGACAGCAUGUGACCUUCGGACCUCUCGCACAGCAGAGGGAGAGGCGGAGGGUAUGGAUCGUUCUGGGGCUGGUGUGGGGGGCUAAUCUGGCCUUCUCUAUUCCAGCUCUGGUAUAUAGCACCCAUGUUCACGGCAACACCACCGUGGAGCUGAUGGUGAUCAGCUGCACCACCAGGCCUCUGCUGGGCUGCGUCUGGGAGUUCCCCUCCAACCAGCAGGGCUCAGCUUUCGCCUCCACUUCACUGGCACUUAAUGAGGUGUUGCCUCUGGUGCUGAUGGUUUGCACUAAUCUGGCCACGCUUCACGCUCUGGCCAAGCACAUCAGAGCUGUCACCGCAGGGGGAGAGUCAGGAGGAACUCACGGAGAGCUGGACAAACAUGUGUCCAUGGAACGCAAGGCAGCUCAUGUUAUCAUGUCGCUGGUGUCGCUCUUCGUGGUCUGCUGGGCGCUACAGGUCGCCGCGGUGACGUACUACAACCACGAUGGGGGACACCAUGCUGAAGGGCUGCUUACCGUGGCCCAUUUUUCUGCCUCGCUGUUUGUAGGGUUCAGUCCGAUGGUGGUGGCCCUGGGACAUGGCAAGCUGAGGAGGAGAAUCAUGAGCAUGAUACUGGGGUGGUCUAGAGUUCUUAAAUGUCACAGGGAGGACACUGAACAGGGCAGUAAAUCCCCAAAGACUGAAGGAAAAAAGGGAAAACAAACCAUUUUUGCUGUUCAAAAAGAGAGGAAAGUCAUAAAGGUGGAGAAAGUUAAAGCAAGCAAAUGA